UCAGAUAAAGUAAAUAGUUUGCCAGCUGAUCAUAGUGCUGAAAAAACUGAGUUGAAAAAGUUACCAACUUUGAUAUUUUGCAGUUCUGGCUUGGUAGUCUCUUACUUGUUGUGGGGGAUUGCCCAAGAGAGAUUGGUCUCGUACCCCUACCAAAAUGAAGAUGCAAUUGAAGAAGGUGCCGAACGCUUCAAAGAUUCUCUAUUUUUAGAACUUUCAAACCGGAUGCUGUCUUUUCUAGCAGCUCUUUUUGUGUUGUUAGUCACGUACCAGCCUUCCCACAAAGCUCCUCUCUAUGAAUACUCUUACAACUCUUUCACCUGCCUCAUGAGCAGUUGGUGUCAGUAUGAAGCUCUCAAGUACGUCAGUUUCCCGCUUCAAGUUCUUGUAAAAGCUUCAAAAAUUAUUCCAGUGAUGUUGAUGGGCCGACUGGUUUCAAAGAAGUCUUACAGUAAUUUUGAAUAUUUCACAGCAGUUCUUAUGUCACUAGGCUUGUUCAUGUUCAUCAUUGUUAAGCGUCAUUCAUUUUUAAAUCUCUCUGUUGUGUCUGGGUCGAUUUUGAUGGUUGGCUACAUGGGAUUUGACUCUUUCACUUCGAACUGGCAGUCAGAAAUGUUCAAACGUUACGAGCCGUCACAUAUUCACAUGAUGGUCGGUACAAACUUUUUCGAAAUUCUCUUUGCUUCCGUCACUUUAUUGGGCAGAAAAGGUUUCGAAAAUGCUUACAAUUUUUCAAUGAGACAUCCUUCCUUCAAAGUUCAUUUGUUUGGUUUGGCUCUUACGUCAGCCCUUGGCCAGUUUUUCAUUUUUUACACCAUAAAGUUGUUUGGACCAGUUACGUUUGUCAUCAUCAUGACUGUCAGACAAGCAUUAAGUGUUGCUAUAUCCUGUCUUGUUUACGGACACACAGUUCAUUAUUUAGGAAUUUUUGGGGUUUUAUUAUUUUUUUUCGCUAUUGUUUUGAGAAUGCUGCGUUAA